GCUAAUAAGUAUAAUAGAGAUACUUUUACACUAUCAAACAUGAAUCCAAUUGACGUAGAUGCAAAUGUCUUCAAGUCAUGUUGGAAUAAAUUUAAAAAUAGUGAUCAAUUAGAGAUAUCUCUUCCAGAGACAUCUAUAUUUGUGAAAUUUUUGACACUUGAUGACAUUGAGAGUGUAUUUAAGGAGAGUAACAUUUUUACUAUGGUUUCAGGAAACACAGGAGAUGUAUUAAAAUUCUUUUUAUAUGCUAAAGAGGUAGAAUUACUUUAA